AUGAAAUCUUCAAGCAUUAACAAAUCUACAAUGUUCAAAGUUAGAGAGUUUGUGGACAAACAUACAUGUCCAUUGAAGGAUAAGGUGUGUUCUUGUAUUCAAGCAAGUAGUGAUUUUAUAGCAGGCAUUAUUAAACCAAAGUUAACAAAUCACAAGAGGAAGUAUACGCCAAAAGAUAUAGUAGAUGAUAUGAAAAAUGAAAUUGGCGUGGAUGUGAAUUACAUGAAGGCUUAUCGUGCUAAAGAAAAGGCUAUGAUCGAGUUGAGGGGAGAGCCAGCAGAUUCUUACAAGAAGUUACCUGGAUAUGUAUACAUCUUGGAUAAAACGUAUCCAGGUUCUCAUAUAAGAAUGAAAAAAUCGCCUGAAACUGAGUUCUUAUAUCUAUUUGUAGCAUUGUAUGCCUUUAUAAAAGGGUUCGAUUAUUGUCGACCAAUAGUGGUUGUAGACGGGAGCCACCUAAAACAAGAAUACAAUGGCACCUUUGUUUCAGCGAGCACUUUGGAUGGUGCAGGUAAUAUACUGCCUCUAGCAUAUGGCGUGAUCGAUUCUGAGAACGAUAAUUCUUGGUCAUGGUUCUUUCAACAGUUCAAGGAAGCAUAUGGGGUAAGGGAUAACAUGUGUAUUGUAUCUGAUAGACAUGAAAGCAUCUUCAAGGCUGUUUCUAGAAUUUAUCCUACUAUUCCGCAUUUAGCAUGCAUAUGGCAUCUUUGGAAAAAUGUAUAUAAUAACUAUAGGAAGAGUCAUGAAGUGGUGAGUGGUGUAUACUAUAAAAUGGCAAAAGCAUACACACAGAAUGACUUUGAUAUGCUAAUGGGAAAAGUUGAGAAAGAGGAUAUUCGGGUGAAGGAGUACUUGGAUUCAGUGGGAAGGGCAAAUUGGUCUAGACUUUAUUGUCCAGUUAAUCGAGCAUGGACAUUAACAUCAAAUAUUGCUGAGUCCAUUAAUGCAGCACCCGUAUCUGCUAGAGAAUUACCAAUAUAUGAUUUUCUGGAGGAAGUUAGGUUGAUGUAUGGACGAUGGAAUUUCACAAACCGACAAAAUGGUUCGUAUACAUUCACGACGCUUGGGAAAAAAUUUCAAGAAUUGCUGACCAUUAAUGAGAAUAAAUCUACUCGCAUGAAGGUAAUUCCAUCAACAGAAUACUUACACACCGUAAUUGAUGAAGGGAGGAGUUUCAUUGUUUGUAUUGAAAAGAAAACUUGCAGUUGCAAAAUGUUCCAAGUCGAUGAGAUUCCCUGCCCCCAUGCUUGGGCUGUUCUUAAGAUGAAAAAUCUCACUGUCGACAGCUACUGCUCAAAGUUGUACAAACCAGAAACUGUGAUGAAGACUUAUGAUGUCCUAAUUUAUCCGUUACUGGAUCAGAGUGAGUGGAAUGUGCCUGUAUACAUUUCAGAAGAAGUAGUGUUGCCACCGAGGUACAAGAGACCACCUGGAAGGCCAAAAAAGAAGCGUGAUAAGUCUUUAUCUGAAUGGUUUUGA